AUUUGGGUGAAGUAUAUGGGUUCUGUGAAUAUUGGGCCCAGACCACGAGCCGCCAUGGAUGCCUGCUACGAGAGUUCAAGUCGGUGGCGAUGGCGAUUGGAGCAAUAUUCUGUAAAAUGAAGGAUCAGCUCGCGUAGGGUCGUUGAAUCUUCACUAUCGGUUUGUCGGUUCGAUUUCAUCAUGUGCAUAGCAGCGUUUCUGUGGCAAGCUCAUCCGGUAUAUCCAUUCUUCCUUCUGCUCAAUCGUGACGAAUAUCACAGUAGGCCCACGAAGCCGCUGGAAUGGUGGGAAUGUAACGAAAUUUUGGGCGGGAGAGAUGGUUUGGCCGGCGGGACGUGGCUGGCUUGCUCAAGAAAUGGAAGAGUUGCAUUUCUCACAAAUUUCAGGGAAGUUGAGUUACUUCCUCAGGCUAAAAGCAGAGGAGAGCUCCCCGUUCGUUUCUUGAAGAGCAAGACAACUCCCCUCGACUUCGCCAAAGAAGUCGAAAAGGAAGCGCACCAGUACAACGGUUUCAACUUGAUAAUCGCCGACAUUCCCUCGAAAACCAUGUUUUAUAUCACCAACAGACCAAUUAACAACAGCGACAGCCUUGUCACUGAGGUCCCCCCCGGCAUUCAUGUCCUCACAAAUGCACAACUCGACUCUCCAUGGCCCAAGGCACUGCGACUGGACCAGAGUUUGAGAGAGUUCGUGAACAAAAAUGGCGACAGGGAACUUCCAGUAAAAGAGAUGGUUGAAAAGCUAAUGACCAACACAAUUAAAGACGAUGUGAGCUUGCUACCCGGCAUCUAUUCUCCUCGAAGGGAAUAUCAAUACAGUUCCAUAUUCGUCGAUACAGAUUCCGAACUGGGACGUUAUGGAACUGGAAGCAUAUCUGCUUUGUAUGUGAAGAACAGCGGGGAAUCUUCAUUCUUUGAGAAGCAUUUGGAGAACGAUGCAUGGAUUGACAGCAGUUUUACCUUCCACAUUGAGAACUUAUGAAUCCUUUUCGAGAUAUUAGUUUUCAAGUUUCACGCCGGGUCCGGCCACUAGACUGGCACACGUGCGGGGGUUGCAAGCUCUGACUCCGCCAUUGCCUGCCCAUGUUUUCCUUCGGUUCUUCGUCGUUAACCGAUUCGUUUCCUUUCCAUACGUUUUGCUUCUGGCUGGCACGUGCCUAUGCACGUGACUACCUCCCUCUCCAUGGUUGUACUUAGUGUCGAAGAUCCUCCCUCCUCCGGUUAGUUUUCAAAUCGUUGGACUAUUAGUACCUUCAAUUGGCAUUCCA